AGCCGCUUUGUUUUGUCCCGAGUCAGGUGUCCUCGUCGGAAAACCGAGCCUGCUGCCGGGUUAGAGGAUGCGCGAGAGGCGGAGACUGUUAGGGCUGGCAGGGGAGGGAGAAGAUGGCGGAGGCAGAGAUUUGGAGUACGUCCUGAAUUGACAGAAACAGUAUUGCUUUGGGCUUUUUAGUCUUCCUCACUGCACUCCAAACUUAUGCAUUGAAUGUUGCUGGAAGUACACGGGGCCAUGGCAGAUGAUGAUACUCAACCAUCCAUACCAAAAAAGUGUGGCCCAUACAUUUCUUCAGUGACCAGCCACAGCUUGAACUUGCUGAUCCGCGGGGUAGUCCUGUUUUUAAUUGGUGUCUUUCUUGCACUAGUAUUAAACUUGCUACAGAUUCAGAGAAAUGUCACCUUGUUUCCACCUGAUGUAAUUACAAGUGUCUUCUCUUCAGCUUGGUGGGUACCGCUUUGCUGUGGAACAGCAUCAGCCGUGAUUGGGUUAUUGUACCCCUGCAUGGAUAGACAUCUGGGAGAGCCCCAUAAAUUUAAGCGGGAAUGGUCCAGUGUGAUGCGGUGUGUAGCAGUCUUUGUUGGCAUAAAUCAUGCCAGUGCUAAAGUGGAUUUUGCCAACAACAUUCAGUUGUCUCUCACACUUGCUGCGCUUUCAAUUGGGCUAUGGUGGACAUUCGAUCGAUCUCGAAGUGGCUUUGGCCUGGGAAUAGGAAUUGCAUUUCUUGCCACGCUGGUGACUCAGUUUCUUGUCUACAAUGGAGUUUAUCAAUACACUUCUCCUGACUUCCUAUAUGUGCGUUCCUGGUUACCCUGUAUAUUUUUUGCCGGUGGAAUAACAAUGGGGAACAUUGGCAGGCAGCUGGCAAUGUAUGAAUGCAAAGUUAUUGCAGAAAAAUCUCAUCAUGACUGAAAAGAGCGAAAUAUACCUUUCUCAAGGAGAAUGAAUGACAGACUGGGACAAACUUGCACUAAGGAGUACUUAAUUAUAAUGUUUCUAAGCAGUGGUCUCCUUCCCUUGUUUCUUCUUCUGCUUUCACCCUCUACCCCUCAGCCUGUUCUAUUUGCAAAAUACACUGUUUACUGCAAUCUGUGAUUGCUAUAUCUGUAAUUCACUUGAAAAUCCUGGCAUCUUGGGAUCUGAUCAGUGUGAAAUUCAGCUAGAGGGCAACAUGCUGGACAAGAUGUUGGUUUUUAGACAAGAGCCUUUACUUUCUGAAGUAAACUAGUCUGCCAUAUGCCAUCCGCUAAUGUUCCUGUGCCAAAUUAUAUCCCCCCCCCUUUCCUGGUUGCAUUCCUUCUUCACUUACCUUGGACAGCUUGGGGAUUAGAUGUUCUUAGAAUGUUGCUAUUUUAUUAUUCUGCAGGCCAGAGUGAUGUAUAGGUGUCCUGAAAAAGCAUAAAUAUGAAAUUAAAUAAAAAAUAUAAUCCGAGGCUGUGACUUCACAUGUCAGUUGUACAUCAGAUACAUUUAUACACAGACAACUUGAACUGUCCUGUCUGUUCAGUAUCGUGGGUUGAUUGCAUCUUGGAUGUAAAACCAACCUGCAUCAUGCUGUGUACAGACAGGUAAGACAUCUACUGCAGUCAUCAUGUCUGUGCCUGUGGCGUAUUAAGAUUGGUGUUUCUCCAUAAAUAGGCACACCCUGUUAUAGAACUCUUCAUCCAACACUAGCAGUAGCAUAGCUGCAAGUGCAGACAUGGCCGAAAUGAAGUGAUGUUAUUGAGACUACCUGGAAAAAAGUUAUUCAUGAAUGAUAGCUUUGUUGUGGAAACAAGAAAAUCCAAAGUUCUUUAAAUUAGUGAAAUAAGUCUCUGUCUAUUUGUUGAGAGUUUUACUCUUGAUCCUUAAGCCUAAGCUUGGAUUCUUGCAUGCAUUCUGAUGACAGAAGGCACAAUCUACUGUGAACUUCCAUGAAGGCCCUAUUGAAAUGAAUGGAUGAGUGUGUUUUGGGAUAAUUGUCAUAUGUUACAGCAAACAUGAAAAGAUCCCAAUAGAUCAGGGGUGGCUAAGCUGUGAACCUCCAUAUUUUGUUGAGCUAGACCCAGACCCAGCCAGCAUGGACAGUGAUUAGGGAUGACGGGAGUUGUAGUCCAACAACAUUUGGAAGGCCAGAUGUGUCCCAUCCCGAUAAUAGACUGUACUUGGUUAAGCAGACUUUAAGAAGACAGGAAUAUGAAAACAACCUUCACACGUAUUACUUAUGGAUGGUAGAGGUGGGAAAUCCCUUACUGGUGAUGAAGCUCCAAAGCUGUUGAUUAUUCAUAGAAGCAUAAGUUGAAUCUGUUCUAAACUUGGCCACUUUCAUUGCUUCUAUCAUUGUGUUCAUUUAUCUUUAGUGAGCAGCUUCUGCUGCUUUUCUCUUCUUUUUAAGAACGUUUGCUUUUUAAAAGAAAUAUUCUGUAAAAAGUUUUAGAAAAUGAUAAUUGGUCCAAAGAACAGAUGUGUUUAGAUAAAAUGUUUAUUUUUUUAAAUAAUAAUGAUGUGUUAUGUUAUGUUCAUUUUAAAAAAUUGGAACAGACAAACUAAGCAGCAUUUGUAAGGCUUGCGUGCUAAUAUAUGAAGAAUAUGCAAUGGAAGCUUGGAACAAAAAUAUAUUAAAAGGAAAAUGCACAAUCAAUAAAAAAAACAAAAAGCAAAUAAUAUGCAAAA